AACAUGCCUUGCCUUGAGGGAAAACAAAGAGCUUGGUUUCAUGUACUCUGUCCUUCCUUAUCCCCCUCUGUACAUGUUAAUAACAUCUUGAUGACACUGUAUUCAUGUCUGUCUCCCCCUGUAUCCCUCUUUUAAACUCACACCUUUCAUGCACGCUUUGUUUCAUACACACACAUACAAUUCCCAAUAUUUUUGGUCCAUCGUAAGUGAGAAUGCUUUAGGUAAUUGGAUAACUAUGUGUUGAGACAUGCCCACUCUCUCAAGGUCUCUGUUAUACGUCAACUGUUUUGCUACUCUAGUCUAAGUUAACGUGCACACCCUGUUUCAAGACUUCCGCCAAACUACUCUGUUCUCUGACCCAGAGAAACACACACAAAUAUAAUACAAAACAAGAAAAAUUCGAAGCCUGUGGAAAAUUAUCUGUGACUUCUGGAUCAAGCUGUCCCAAAGCAAUCGCGGGAUUGGUCUAAACUGCAGGGACAGUUUCAGUCCUUAGCCAAUAGAAAAUACAGAAUUUGUACAGCUGACGUGGCUUCUGAAAACACGGAAGUAAAGCUUUGGUGGUGUUUCAUUAAAUUGAGAAAGAGAAAAUGCCAGUGGUGGCAACGGAGAGAUAUGGCUCCCUCGAGUCAUGGAAAUAUCAGUUGAAGGAUGGAGUAAUGGAGAGAGAAAGAGAAGGGGGCAACGGUGGGACGACUGGAAAAACCAUCAUUGGCGUGUUCAAAAGUGUCUUCUUGCCUCAAGGGUAUCCAGAGAGUGUCAGUGGCGAUUACCUGCAGUAUCAAUUUUGGGAUACUCUUCAGGCCUUCUCCAGUUCUCUUUCAGGUACUCUUGCCACCCAGGCCUCUUUAAGGGGUGUUGGUGUUGGAAACCAAGAGGCAACAGUUGCUGCUGCAACAAUUACCUGGUUAUUACGAGAUGGCACAGGCAUGCUGGGAAGAAUCCUAUUUGCCUGGCUUAAAGGGAAUAAACUGGACUCUGAGGCCAAAAAAUGGAGGCUUGUUGCUGAUGUUCUCAAUGAUAUCGCCAUGUUCAUGGAAAUACUGGCUCCUAACUUCCCAACAUGCUUCACUCUAAUUGUGUGCUCUGCUGGAAUAUUCAAGUCCAUUGUCGGGGUUGCAGGUGGGGCCACCAGAGCUGCUUUGACUCUUCACCAAGCCCGCAGAGACAACAUGGCGGACAUCUCUGCCAAAGAUGGCAGCCAGGAGACUUUAGUGAAUCUGGCUGGACUGCUGGUCAGUCUGAUCCUUAUUCCUCUUGUCACUGACAAUCCACUGCUGACGUUCGUCCUCUUCUUCCUUUUCACCAUCCUCCACCUUUGUGCAAAUUACAAAGCAGUGCGUUCAGUUGUCAUGGAGACACUCAACGAAGCUCGGCUUGCUAUUGUGCUCCACCAAUACCUGAGAGAUGGACGGGUCCUCGGUCCACUAGAGGCCAAUCUUAAAGAGCCUGUAUUCUUGGAGUUCAGGAGGAUAGUGCCAAUCAAACUGGGAGUGAGGCUAGGGGAAUUUAUUUAUACGUCAGAGGACCUUAAUUUGGCCAUGAAAAACAACCACAAGCCCUUCCUUAUCGGAGUCAAACGUGGCUCUGUGUGUGUUUGUUUGGGACCAGAUGCAUCUGUAUGUGAUGAGAUUAGGGCUGUGUGCCAAGCAGUGUGCCUCUGCACUGUGUUACACCCUGUCUCGCCACUAGAGGGGGCUCUCAAACAACUCUCAAUGUCACACAGCAACAAUCAUUGGGAGCUGGUGCAUGAGAGUCAUAAACUUAUGGACCAAAUUUUUCAGCCAUUCCUCAAAGCUCUGGAGGUAGCUGGAUGGCAGACCAGUCGAACCCUACUGGACUGGAAUGAAUGGAGGGUGGAGUGGAAGAAGAAGAGCAGUUAAAGGAGUGGCAGGGUCUCUGGAGAGCAACAACUGCAAGGCAAUAGGCUGAGCUCUCUGUCAAACAUUCAUUGUGACAUGCUCAAAGAUUAAUAUGCUCAGAUUCAUUUAAAGGUUUUUGUCCUUUUAUGGUACAUUUUAUGGUACAUUUUAUACAAACAACUUCAGAAUAAACUUGACCAUAACUUUAACCAUCUUAUGUCCAGAGUGAUAUUACCAGCCCCUGAAAGUAAGCCUCUGACUAGCCUGAUACAUCAUCCAGUGAUAGCCAGCAAGCUAGUCACAGUCUGACAUAAUGCAAUACAAUAAAUCUUUGGAAACGGUUCUCUCAUGACCUUUGGAAACCAGAAUAUUGAAUAAAAUUACAUUUGAACUUUGUCUGCC